AUGACGCGGGGACAGAGGCAGUCCCCCGCCCCCGGCUAUGAGAGGACCCAUGAGUGGUGCAGGGACAGCAGCAUGUCUGUCUGGAGGGCAGAUGGGGGCGAGGGGCGCAAUUUCCCUGCACCUGGCUGUGGAGGGGGCAGGGGCAGGAAUGGGCAUGGUGCCCGGGAGCGCGACUCUGAGUGGCCAGUGUGCUGUGGGGGUGACCGCGUGCCCCCAGGCAGCAGGGCCUUUAGGCCUGGGCUCUCCCAGGAGACCAUUGUCCACCACGCCACACCGCACCCUAAGGAGGGACGUCCUGGUGGCCGGGAGCGCGAGCAGCUGCACGAGGAGGGAUGCGGUCAGGACCCCACACCUGGUUCUCAGACCUCAGCACAGGAGGGGCCGGGGCAGGGUGAGGAAAGGCUGUGGGGGUCGCGGGAGGACCUCAAGCUCCUGCCGCCAACCCCGUGCUCUCUGGGGAGCAGCCGUUCCUGUCUGCAGCCAGAAGCAGAUUUGGGAGAGGGUCCAGCUGACCCUGUAGGCCACCAGCCCCGGCCCUGGCAGAACGGCCCGGUGUCCCAGCCAUCAGCAAGUGCGAUGCGACCAAGGCACUGCCACGGAGCGGUGGGGGCGGAAGGGGCGGGCCACGCGGCUGGGUGGACCCUGGGGACCAGCAGGUCCCGGGCCUGGCAGCGCCACAGCCCCUGCUCUGAGGCUCAUUACGCUGUUUCUUGGAACUACGGAAGUGACAAGUGUGCUCAUAAAAAAGUCACACCCGACAACGGGCGCGCCGUGCAGUGGGGCGUGCCCCUUCCUGUCCCGCAGUGUCCCGGGGGGCGGGGGGCUCCCGUCCAGUCCCCAGCCCAGUCGGGCCGCAGAGAACACCGCGUCCAGGGCUCCUGGGGGACGAGGGUGCGCUCUGCAGCCACCUAUCCCCAAGGGCCUUCCAGGAGGUCGCGGCCAACCGCGCACGGGCCCCCGCCCGGAAGCCGGCUCCCGACGUCCCCGCCAGCCGCCGCGUCGCGACCUCCUCCGCACAGGCGGGGGUCCCAGCGCCGAGAGCCGCGGACGGGGAGGGUCACGGGUGGGCCACCACCCGCGGGCGGUGGGCGCAGGAAGUCGCCGGUCCCAGACAGCAUGUGGCGGUGA